AUGCUUUAUUACCUCGUCGUCCUCGGCCUCGGCCUCGGCCUCGACGACUCCUUCCCGACGGAGCAAACCGAGCCCGACGCGCCGCCGCCGACCUCGGCCCACGACACGACUCCGCCAUCAUGUCAAGAGCUCAUGGCCUUCACCACGAAUGUUUCCUCGUUCAAAUCGGUAUUGAUAUUUGCUUGCGCAUUUGGCAGGUCUACUACUGAAUCCCAAAAGAUGGAUUGGGGUUUUCAGUUGAACCCAUAUGCCGCUCCUUUUGUGCCUUCGUCCAUGGCCAGCUUUGCAGCAGAAAGCUUGAAUCGAAGGAAUGACUCCGAGAAGCAACCAGGUGAAGCUGAAAAGACCGAGACCGCUGACAAUUCUGAUGAGUACGACCUCCCGGACUCGCUUUCUCUGGAUUUCUACGCCGAGAGCCUAGGGAAGCUCAACAUCUCCGCCGAGUCUUCCUCGGAAUAUUUGGGGAGUGAUUUGGAUAUUCACCUCCGGGGUGUGGUGGCUUAUCUCUCCCACACGUUCCCGAAUGUGUCUGAUGACUUCAUCAUCGAUGCGCUGAAGCUCCAGGAGUUUGACGUAGAUCUUACCAUUGACAUGCUUUCUCACUUGUGUGAAGGUGAUGGGUGUGGUCAUUCUGCUGAAGCCAUGCGCCAGGAAAAUGGCACCCCAAAGCGUCAGUAUUGGGGAAUGGACAAGUCUCCGAAAGCCGCCAAUCAGCAAGAUAAAUGACUGCUCACCUCAGCUACAUCUUCAGCAUCAUCAAGAUUGGAUGCAUACCUCCUCUAAAAUAGAGGCUGGAUGUAUGGGGUUCGAUCAUCCUGAUGAAGAAGACCUGAGGGGGUUUCAGAUAGAGCCAAAGGCAACGAAGACCAAUGAGUUGCCUCAUUGGGAUGUAUUUUUUCAGUCGUGUGUCGUCUCAUCAUGCUUCCACCUGCACCAAUUUUAUCGUAAGUUGUACAGCCCUUGUGGUGUAGUUUAG